AUCUUCCUAUUCCUGACCACUGAACCAAAGAUUAUGAAUCAAUGGUCCAGUCAACUAAUCACUGCUAUUAUGAAGAAGUCGUUCGAUGCCUAGAUCUGGGAAAUAAAAGGGCCAGACAAAAAGAAAAGGUCACAUGGCUGGCUCUCCUUAAAUAUUGCACAAACGCUCUUUCCCCGUCAAACGCGUAUUGUCCCAAUAAUUAUAGCUGCUUAGUUUUGCCAUUCUCAUCACCGGUUCCUAUCUUAUAAUUCAGUUUCUUUCCAGACAAACACCGGCAUAUAUAUAUUUUUUCUCUCUGCGUUCCGAUCCCUCCCCCAACUGGGCUCGGCUAGCUGCUUAAACAGCAUCAAGAUUAACGUACAAAUGGAGGAAGUAGCUGCAGCCGCCACCACGGGGGGAAAAGUAUGGAACCGAACUUUAAGCAGGAAGACUUCAUCUUCAUCGUUUCGUCUACGGACAUCCCCAAGUCUCAACACUCUCCGUCUCCGUCGUAUCUUUGAUAUUUUUGACAAGAAUGGCGAUGGUGUGAUCACCGUUCAAGAGCUGUAUCAAGCCCUUAGCCUUCUGAGUCUAGACGCUGACUUACCCGAGUUAGAAUCCAUCGUUACUUUGUAUGUUGAACCCGGCAACGUCGGACUUACGUUUGAAGGUUUUGUCAGGCUGCACCAAUCGUUGGAUGACAUGUUGUUUGGGUGCAAAGAAGAUAUUAUGGAGGAAAGUGAGAGCACAAGCGCCACGGUCGACGCGAAGAUGUCGCAGGAGGAGUCAGAUUUAUCGGAGGCGUUUAAGGUGUUCGAUGAAGACGGAGAUGGGUUCAUUUCUGCUCGUGAAUUGCAAGUGGUUUUGGGGAAACUGGGAUUGCCUGAAGGGAAUGAGUUUGCAAGAGUUCAACAAAUGAUCGUGUCGGUUGACCGAAACCAUGAUGGUCGGGUUGACUUCUUUGAGUUCAAGAACAUGAUGCAGAGUGUUCUUGUUCGAAGCUCUUGAUUGUUGGUUCUCUCUCUCUGUCUCUCUUUCUCUUUUGCUUCGUAUAAUCGUCGUCGUCGUCUUUGUUGUUGUUGUUGCUGUUGAUGGUGCUCUGGUUUUGAGUUUUGUCUAGCGCUCCUUGUCUGUCAGGGAUGAUGACAUGCCUUAGAAGGAGAAAUCAAAUAUUGUUAUGUCACUGUCAUUAAUGGAUUCUCUAGCUUAAUUUUAUAGUUUAUAUAAUUCAUAAUAUGGAUGUACACUUGGUGUUUGUCUGUGUUGUUUAUGAUCA